UGCGAGGAAUCGGUUUCGUCAGCGUCGAAACUGUACGUACCCUGUGUCCCAUCCUUGGUACCAGAAACACCAGCCCCACUAACCCAUGAUCUGGAUCACACUGCUGACGUGCAGUUGCACUCAUGGGGGGACACCUUAAAAGAAGCCUUUGAACAAAUUGCUAUGGCUAUGUUCGGCUACAUGACAACCAAUUACGAUUCGGUGGAGAUGUUGGAACCGUACGAAACGGAGGCUAAAGGCGAAGAUUCUUUGUCCCUGUUGUACCAUUUUCUGGAUGAGGGGUUGUUCGCCUUCUCACCAUAUUUCAUACCACGAUUCUUUCCUCCGGAUGUUCGGUUACCUCACCGUUUCCACCCCAUCAUCGUCAUCAUCAUCAUCGACAGCAUGACAUCAGUGUUCAACACCGAGGCUCCACUGCCGUACAACCAUGAUUUAUUUGAAAGCCUUGUUGUAAAGGAAAACACAUUCAAUCAGGCGAUCUGGAUAAAAACUGACAACAAGAACGCCACUGACAUCGGUUGGCAGCCAUAUCUUGUUAUCUGCAUAACCGAAUUUGAUAUGGAGAACUUUCGAAUCAAAUCUGUGGGAUGGGGUGAGCCAUUUCAGUUGGGAAAACACCCUCAGGUAAUUGAUCCACAUUCGCUGUUGGCGAAACCGAUUACUUUUUUUCAGGGUACUGAGGUCAAAGCCAUCACAUACUCCAACAUGCAGAUUCACGACAAAGAAGACCAGCAUGAGUUAUUCGUUAUAAUCGAUAUCUGA